CUCACUGGAAAUAAUUGUGUGUUACAGUCAGCUUCCGGACAGAAGUCUCUGUGGACAGCGUAACAUUUAGGACAUCUAACAGAGACAAUCCUUCUGAACCACCAUGCCUGGCUCGGAGUUUUACUUCAAUGUAGACAGUGGGUAUUUGGAGGGUCUCGUCCGGGGAUUUAAAGGUGGAAUCCUGAAAACGACUGAUUACAUCAAUUUAGCACAAUGUGAAACCCUGGAAGAUUUGAAGUUACAUCUUCAGUCCACUGAUUAUGGGAGUUUCCUGGCUAAUGAAACAGGACAACUCACAGUAUCAAUAAUUGAUGAAAGGCUGAAAGAGAAGCUCAUGACAGAAUUUCAUUACUUCAGAAACCACGCUUUUGAACCACUUGCCACAUUUCUUAAUUUUAUCACGUACAGCUAUAUGAUCGAUAACAUGAUUUUGCUGAUAACAGGGACUUUACACCAAAGAUCUAUUUCCGAACUGGUUCCUAAAUGCCACCCACUAGGGAGCUUCGAACAGAUGGAAGCAGUCAACAUCGCUCAGACACCUGCAGACCUCUUCAAUGCUAUUUUAGUUGACACUCCUCUUGCUCCUUUUUUCCAAGACUGCCUGUCAGAAAAUGACAUGGAUGAAAUGAAUAUUGAAAUUAUGCGUAACAAGCUCUACAAGUCAUACUUGGAGGCGUUCUAUAACUUCUGCAAAACACAAGGAGGAACUACAGAAGAAAUCAUGUGUCCUAUUCUCGAAUUUGAGGCUGAUAGACGUGCAUUUGUUAUCACAAUAAAUUCCUUUGGCACUGAGCUCAACAAGGAGGACAAGGAGUCAUUGUACCCAACCUGUGGAAAGCUGUUCCCAGAGGGACUGAGACUGCUUGUCAAUGCAGAAGACUACGACCAAGUGAAGAACGUAGCAGAGUAUUACGGGGAAUACAGACUGUUGUUUGAAGGGGUCGGAACUGGAACUACAGAAAAGACAUUGGAAGACAAGUUCUUUGAACAUGAGGUCAAACUGAACAUACUGGCAUUUAACAACCAGUUUCACUUUGGUGUGUUCUACGCAUACAUUAAGCUGAAGGAGCAGGAAUGUCGGAAUAUUGUAUGGAUCGCUGAAUGCAUUUCUCAAAGGCACCGAACUAAAAUUAAUAACUACAUCCCUAUCUUGUAAAGUAACUGCAAUUCGCUUAUCAACUCUAAAUGAUUGCGGAUUGUGUGGUUGUGUAUCGGGCAAUAUAGCUGAUUGUUUCAAUGUAUUAUUUAUGAUUUUUCUGUAACAAACUUCUAAAGACUACUGAAACAUCAUAUUGAUAAUAUGCUGUGCUAAUCUUAUGUUCACAAAAUACACCAGGUGUGUGCUCUGAUCCUGUGAAAGAUUGUGCAACCUUCCAAAGAAUCUGAGAUUUAAUGCUAUUUUCUAAUAGUUUUAUUUGCAAAAUGUGGUCCAAAGGAUACUUAUAAUGAAACUAAAUCUUUUUUUUUUAAUGGAACUGCAAUGUAUUAGAAAUUAAAUGUGAUCGAUAUAGCAUGCAUAAUGAAACAUGUCAAAAAUAAUAGAACAAAUGUAUAUAUAAUUUUGAUAAAAUAUGCUACAUGUUAUUUACAUGAAGAGCAAGAUCAAUAAUUGUAAUAUGUUUUCUACAGUGAUUUUGAUGCCACUCAAUUGUAAAAGAUCUGUAGAUAUGGUUGUGCUAACUUUAUUAUUGGAUGUGGUGUUCAUACGCAUGUUUGGCAGCUUGGAAUCAGAGUAAGUCUCGUUCAUGGAAUCUCCCCAACCAGGUUCCAACUACUCUUCAGGUCUGUUAAAGGCUGGCUAUACGCCCUGCUUUAGUAGAACUGCUUCCCCAGCAUGGCCGCCACUCACUUCUUGGAGAGAGCCAUUACCAGCCCCAGAAAGUUCCCAUAGUUUUAUAUAUUAUACUCAAAGUGCAUUGUGUAAUUGUCAGCGGUACAUCAGAAAAUCAGUUCUGCAUGCUUUCAACUUUUUGUUUAGUCUAUUGAUCACAACAAUAAAAAGACCAUAUUUAUUAACUCUGUGAACACAAAUAAUAAUAUGAGAAA